AUGCACCCGGGGGCCAUGGAACCAAACCAGACUCAGAGGAGGGAUGCCCCCGGGGGCCAUGGAACCAAACCAGACUCAGAGGAGGGAUGCCCCCGGGGGCCAUGGAACCAAACCAGACUCAGAGGAGGAGGGAUGCCCCCAGGGGCCAUGGAACCAACAUGGAACCAAACCAGACUCAGAGGAGGAGGGAUGCCCCCCGGUUGCCAUGGAACCAAACCAGACUCAGAGGAGGAGGGAUGCCCCCGGGGGCCAUGGAACCAAACCAGACUCAGAGGAGGAGGGAUGCCCCCAGGGGCCAUGGAACCAGACAAGACUCAGGAGGAGGAGGGAUGCCCCCAGGGGCCAUGGAACCAAACCAGACUCAGAGGAGGGAUGCCCCCAGGGGCCAUGGAACCAAACAAGACUCAGGAGGAGGAGGGAUGCCCUCAGGGGCCAUGGAACCAAACAAGACUCAGGAGGAGGAGGGAUGCCCCCAGGGGCCAUGGAACCAAACCAGACUCAGAGGAGGGAUGCCCCCGGGGGCCAUGGAACCAAACCAGACUCAGAGGAGGGAUGCCCCCGGGGGCCAUGGAACCAAACCAGACUCAGAGGAGGAGGAUGCCCCCGGGGGCCAUGGAACCAAACCAGACUCAGAGGAGGGAUGCCCCCAGGGGCCAUGGAACCAGACAAGACUCAGGAGGAGGAGGGAUGCCCCCAGGGGCCAUGGAACCAAACCAGACUCAGAGGAGGGAUGCCCCCAGGGGCCAUGGAACCAAACAAGACUCAGGAGGAGGAGGGAUGCCCUCAGGGGCCAUGGAACCAAACAAGACUCAGGAGGAGGAGGGAUGCCCCCAGGGGCCAUGGAACCAAACCAGACUCAGAGGAGGGAUGCCCCCGGGGGCCAUGGAACCAAACCAGACUCAGAGGAGGGAUGCCCCCGGGGGCCAUGGAACCAAACCAGACUCAGAGGAGGAGGGAUGCCCCCAGGGGCCAUGGAACCAACAUGGAACCAAACCAGACUCAGAGGAGGAGGGAUGCCCCCCGGUUGCCAUGGAACCAAACCAGACUCAGAGGAGGAGGGAUGCCCCCGGGGGCCAUGGAACCAAACCAGACUCAGAGGAGGAGGGAUGCCCCCAGGGGCCAUGGAACCAGACAAGACUCAGGAGGAGGAGGGAUGCCCCCAGGGGCCAUGGAACCAAACCAGACUCAGAGGAGGGAUGCCCCCAGGGGCCAUGGAACCAAACAAGACUCAGGAGGAGGAGGGAUGCCCUCAGGGGCCAUGGAACCAAACAAGACUCAGGAGGAGGAGGGAUGCCCCCAGGGGCCAUGGAACCAAACCAGACUCAGAGGAGGGAUGCCCCCGGGGGCCAUGGAACCAAACCAGACUCAGAGGAGGGAUGCCCCCGGGGGCCAUGGAACCAAACCAGACUCAGAGGAGGAGGGAUGCCCCCGGGGGCCAUGGAACCAAACCAGACUCAGAGGAGGGAUGCCCCCAGGGGCCAUGGAACCAGACAAGACUCAGGAGGAGGAGGGAUGCCCCCAGGGGCCAUGGAACCAAACCAGACUCAGAGGAGGGAUGCCCCCAGGGGCCAUGGAACCAAACAAGACUCAGGAGGAGGAGGGAUGCCCUCAGGGGCCAUGGAACCAAACAAGACUCAGGAGGAGGAGGGAUGCCCCCAGGGGCCAUGGAACCAAACCAGACUCAGAGGAGGGAUGCCCCCGGGGGCCAUGGAACCAAACCAGACUCAGAGGAGGGAUGCCCCCGGGGGCCAUGGAACCAAACCAGACUCAGAGGAGGAGGGAUGCCCCCAGGGGCCAUGGAACCAACAUGGAACCAAACCAGACUCAGAGGAGGAGGGAUGCCCCCGGGGGCCAUGGAACCAAACCAGACUCAGAGGAGGGAUGCCCCCAGGGGCCAUGGAACCAGACAAGACUCAGGAGGAGGAGGGAUGCCCCCAGGGGCCAUGGAACCAAACCAGACUCAGAGGAGGGAUGCCCCCAGGGGCCAUGGAACCAAACAAGACUCAGGAGGAGGAGGGAUGCCCCCAGGGGCCAUGGAACCAAACCAGACUCAGAGGAGGGAUGCCCUCUGGGGUCAUGGAACCAAACCAGACUCAGGGGAGGGAUGCCCUCAGGGGCCAUGGAAAAAACAAGACUCAGAGGAGGAGGGAUGCCCUCUGGGGCCAUGGAACCAAACAAGACUCAGAGGAGGGAUGCCCUCAGGGGCCAUGGAACCAAACCAGACUCAGAGGAGGGAUGUCCCUAGGGGCCAUGGAACCAGACAAGACUCAGGAGGAGGAGGGAUGCCCCCAGGGGCCAAAUAAGCCCCAGAGCCCCAGAGCCCCAGAGCCCCGUCCCAAGAGCCCCAGAGCCCCAGAGCCCCGUCCCCAGAGCCCCGUCCCCAGAGCCCCGUCCCCAGAGCCCCAGAGCCCCGUCCCCAGAGCCCCGUCCCCAGAGCCCCAGAGCCCCAGAGCCCCGUCCCCAGAGCCCCAGAGCCCCGUCCCCAGAGCCCCAGAGCCCCGUCCCCAGAGCCCCAGAGCCCCGUCCCCAGAGCCCCAGAGCCCCAGAGCCCCGUCCCCAGAGCCCCAGAGCCCCGUCCCCAGAGCCCCAGAGCCCCGUCCCCAGAGCCCCAGAGCCCCGUCCCCAGAGCCCCGUCCCCAGAGCCCCAGAGCCCCAGAGCCCCAGAGCCCGAGCAAAACCAAAGCCUACUUGAAGGUUAGACGGCUCACUCCUGUAGUGGUGGGUUUCCACGUCAUCUCCUGA